UCUCUCUCUUCUCUCUCUCUUUCUGUGUGUAUGUGUGUGUGGGAUGGUAGUCUUGAAAAUUUUUGAUGGGUCCAUUUCUAGUUCCAUUAUUGUUUGAUAUCAUGUAAUUCUACCACUGUGUGGCCUCUCCCCCUGUUCUUUUGGCUUUUUGGAACAAGACUUUAUAUGCUUUUAACGGGGUAGCUUACAAAAUAAACCCACAAGUGACCUUCAUUUUCAUCACCGAUUUGUCGUCUUUGUCUUUGCUUUUACAAAUCCUGUGGGUAUUCUUCUGUUUUGCGUGUUUGCUUCAACUCGUCGACUCAGAGGAAAGAGGAAAGGGAACAGUAGUAGUGAUCAUCAUCAUGAUUCUCUACUUAAAUUUCUGGUUCUUGGGUUCUGUUUCUGGUUCUGGUAAAUCAUUGAAUUUGUAAUAAAUAUCACAUCUUUUUCUUGUCCAUGCAAACCCAUAAUAAAAAUAAACCCACUCACCAUUAUUUAAUUCUCCCUUUUUGCUCUUGUUUUUUUAUUGGCUCAAAAGCUAAGAUCCUAAGCAAACACCCACCGUAGGCCACAUGUCUCUCUAUUUAUCACUGUUGACAUCCCUUUUGGUAUAGUACUCGAUCCCAAUUCAAAAUUUUCUUUGCUUCCUUGCUUGCUUGCUUGCACACCAACUGCUUGAUUAAUGUCCUCUGAGAGAAGCUAUAUCUAGUACUCCUUGCUACUUACCACUUUGCAGGGGUCAAGUGUCAACAACGGAGAUAUAUCCCAUUCACAUCCCCAAAUCAAAAAAGUAAAAAAUAAACCCCCUUCUGCCGGAGGGUAGGCUACUGUUUCUUCAUCUCAUCUUCAAAGGUAAAAUCCGUUAUGGAAAACAAUGGAUUCAAUUGCAAUAUGCCAAUGGGUAUGGCAGGUGGGUGUGAGAGCUUCAUCGUCCCAGAUGAAAGCUUUCAAAAAGCUUUCGUUUAUCAAAACCACCAUAUGAUGCCCGGAAAUGGAUUUCCGAUAAACGCUACAGAGAUUUCAAAUCCCACCGACAGUUUCCCUUCGAUUGGUCACAUGGAUAUUCCGAUUUCCGCUACAGCUCUUGCAGCCCUUCUUGCCUCCAGACACGGUCAACACGAAACCUCAAGUUUACCUUCUUUCGGAAUCCCGAAUUCCAUGCCAUAUAAUGGGUCGGAGAAUUUUGUGUAUGAUGGGAUGAUUGGAGUUGGUGAUAUGAAUCGGAAAUGGGAAUACAACACUACUACAAAUAGCGUGGGUUUAGAUGGUAAUGAGCUGUCAUUGAGUCUUGCCACGUGUUCUGGUAUCAGUAACCUUUCCUUACAAGGAAGACAGUUGGGAAGCUUAGAACAAGCCAGUUCCUGCAACAGUAGAAGUCUUUCGUUAGGGUUCGAUUCUAAUUCUAUAACCGAUAAACCGCUCCAAGUUUUGCAAUGUUCAUCUGGAUCCAACGGUUAUCUUCAUACGAUGCAACAGAUCCUCACGGAAAUCGCGACUUACUCACUCGGAAACCUUGACCCGGUCAGCUAUAAACCGAUGAUUGCUCCCGAUGAAUUUUCAGAUGGAAACAACAAAUACGAAUACGAUGAUCAUAGAUUUGUUCAUGCUUUCAAAGGACGAAGUGUCGAAGCUAAAAAGAAGCAUUUGCUCGCCUUACUAGAAAUGGUGGAUGAGCGGUAUAAUCAGUGUUUAGAUGAGAUACAUACGGUGAUAUCGGCAUUUCAUGCUGUAACAGAAUUGAAUCCGCAAGUUCAUGCCUGUUUUGCUCUUCAUACGAUUACGUUUUUCUACAAAAGUUUAAGAGAGAGGAUAAGUAAUUAUAUACUUUCAAUGGGGGCGGAUUUUAGCACCAUGGAUCAAGGAGAAGAUGAGCUGUCGUCUUUUGUACCCAAGCAAUGGGCUCUUCAGCAGCUAAGAAGAAAAGAUCAUCAGCUAUGGAGGCCGCAAAGAGGGCUUCCGGAAAAAUCUGUUUCUGUGUUACGUGCAUGGAUGUUUCAGAACUUCCUUCACCCGUAUCCAAAGGAUGCGGAGAAACAAUUAUUGGCUGUAAAAAGCGGAUUGACAAGGAGCCAGGUAUCGAAUUGGUUUAUAAAUGCGAGGGUGAGACUAUGGAAGCCCAUGAUUGAGGAAAUGUACUUAGAGAUGAAUAGGAGGAGGAGAAGUGAUGAAGAAACAGCAAGUAAUAAUAACCACAGAAAUCAGCAAUAUGAAUAUCAUAGUUGAAGAAGAAAAGAUGACUAUUCAUUUCUUCCUUGAUUAAUUCUAUGUAUCUUCUAAUUAUCAUUAGCCAUUUUCUGUACUUGAAUCUAAGUGUACAUCCACGAAUAAAAAAUGGUAUAUAUUAUAUAUAUUGUAUCUAUUACAAAAAUACCAAA